CUGCAGCUCUAACCCGAGACGAUGCAGAGUGGCAGCAGGCGCGUCCCUUCAGGCAGGUGCCUCGGGCCAAUUUGAUAUCUCUGAUUCCCAAAAUGUUCAUGCCAGGGGGUAAAUAUAAGAACAAGGACCUUGCGGAGUUGAUAAUGGCCAUGCGCGAAGACUAUGGCAGCAUUCAUGUUGUGCCAGGCAUCAUGGGAGGACCUCCCAUGUUGAGUACACACAAUCCCAAGGACUUCGAGGUAGUAUUCCGGCACGAGGGCACGUGGCCAAACAGGCCUGGCGCCGACGCUCUUUUGUACCAUCGGCAGACGCACAGAAAGGAUUUCUUUCAGGGCGUCGAGGGCGUCGCACCAACCCAAGGAAAGGCGUGGGGCGACUUUCGAUCGGCUGUAAAUCCAGUCCUCAUGCAGCCCAAGAACGCGAGGCCUUACUACAAGAAAAUGUCCCAGGUCAAUCAGGAAUUUGUGCAGCGCAUUAAAGCCAUCCGUGAUGCCAGCACUCUAGAGGUUCCUGAUAACUUCAUAGACACCAUCAAUCGCUGGACCCUGGAGUCAGUCUCCGUCGUGGCAUUGGACAGGCAGUUGGGACUGCUGAAGGAGUCGAACAAAAGGAUCGAAGCCACAAAGCUUUUCCACUUCUUGGAAGAUUUCUUUAAAGUAUCUGCUGAUCUGGAGCUGAAGCCCUCCGCCUGGCGCAUGUUCAAAACGCCCAAACUGAUGAAAAUGAUGAACAUUCUCGACACCAUUCUGUACAUUAUAUCGGCAUGAGGCGGUAAAACGAUU